AUGAAUAUACAAUGGAAACAGAAGUAUGAUGAUGAAGAAGCAACUUUCUCAUUCAUACCGACAGAUGAUAAUAUUCAAUCUUUUGAUUAUCCAUCAGCAAACAGAGAGUUUGAACAGCAAUCUUUAGAUAAUUUCAAUGCUAAUUAUACAAUAACUUCGCCUGAUAGAAAAACAAUUUAUGACGAUGCUUUUUCAAGUUUAAGCAAACAAGAAGCUUCUAUUGCUUUAGAUAAACUUUGGACACAGUUAAAAAAUGAACAAUUAUCAAUAAGAAAAGCUGAAUUGGAAAAUACCUCUCUUACGCUCGAUGGUAAAACAAUUCGUUGGCAUGAAUGUAUUUAUAGUAAAACAAGACCACCAACUGGCCAUAGUUUAUGGAUAUCAAUGCAUGGUGGAGGUAGUUGUCCAUCUUCUGUCAAUGAUCAACAAUAUCAAAAUCAAAUUAAAUUAUAUAAUCCAAGUGAAGGUAUUUGGGUAGUACCUCGAAGUCCUACAGAUAGUUGGAAUCAAUGGCAUCAAGAACAUAUCGAUACAAUGUUUGAUCGUAUUAUAGAAAAUUAUAUCAUUGUCAAAGAAAUUAAUCCAAAUCGUGUUUAUAUUUUGGGUUAUUCAGCUGGUGGUGAUGGUGUCUAUCAACUUGCUCCACGUAUGGCCGAUAGAUUUGCUGCCGCUUCUAUGAUGGCUGGACAUCCAAAUGAUGCUUCACCACUUGGUCUACGUAAUCUACCAUUUGCUAUUUUUGUCGGUGAAAAAGAUAGUGCCUACAAUCGAAAUGAAGUAGCACGUCAAUGGUCUGAACAACUCGAUACUUUACAAAAGACAGAUCAAAAUGCUUAUCAUCAUUAUGUUAAUAUAUGUGUUGAUAUGGGUCAUUGGAUGUGUGGUCAAGAUGCUAAAGCACUCUCUUGGAUGGCACAAUGGACACGUAAUCCAUGGCCAAAGAAGGUUGUUUGGGUUCAAGAUGAUGUUACUCAUGAUCGUUUUUAUUGGAUAUCAUUACCUGAUACUGUAAAAACUAAACAAGGUCAAAAAAUAACGGCCGAAGUUGUUGAACAAGCUAUUUUCAUUACUGUUAGCGAAGGUAUUCAACAACUUACUCUUUGUCUUUCUGAUGCCUUAAUUGAUUUGGAUCAACCAAUUACUGUUUAUGUCGAAGAAUAUGGUGAAGUUUUUCAAGGUCAUGUCUCACGUACUAUACAAGCAAUUAAAGAUUCGUUACGUCGUCGUGCUGAUCCAACUAGUGUUGCUACAGCUUAUCUUGAACUUGUCUGGUGA